AUGAUUUUCUCACAAUUUCUUCUUGUCCGUCUGCCUCUCUACCCCUCCCCAUCUAUCUAUCUAUCUAUCUAUCUAUCUAUCUAUCUAUCUAUCUAUCUAUCUAUCACUUCUUUCAUGUUUUUUCUUUCGUUAUUUGCUACACUCUUUCUUGUCGAUUUUUUUUCUUUCUUUCUUUUUUCUUUUUUUUCUUUUAUCACUCUCUCCAAUUCGUUUCUUUUUUUUUUUGUUUAUCUGUUUGUUUGUUUGUUUAUUUAUUUCUCAUUUGUUCUUUCUUCCUUUCUUUCUUUCUUUCUUUCUUUCUUUCUAUCUUUCUUUCUUUCUUUCUUUCUUUCUUUCUUUCUUUUGUCUUUUCUCUUUUAUUUCUUCCCACAUUUGUUCUUUCUUUCUUUCUUUCUUUCUUUCUUUCUUUCUUUCUUUCUUUCUUUCUAUUUUUCUUUCUUUCUUUCUUUUGUCCUUUUGUCCUUUUUUGUCCAUUCGUUCUUUCUUUUGUCCUUUCUCUUUUAUUUCUCCCAACAUUUGUUUGUUUGUUUGUUUGUUUGUUUGUUUGUUUGUUUGUUUGUUUCUUUCUUUCUUUCUUUCUUUCUUUCUUUCUUUCAUCUCUCUCUCAAAGGUUUUCUUUCUCAAUCUCUACCUUACUUCAUUUCCCUCUACUUUUCUUUAUCGAUAUUACCCGUUAAUUUCUUCCCUUUUACUAAUAUCCUUAUCUCAAUGUUCCAUUUCUUCAGCCUUACAAUCCCUACAUUUGUCAUAUGUUGUUCGUAUUCUUCUUUCCUACGGCACAUAUUCCUUUUCGUCCUUCGAAUCUCCUUUCAUAACUUCUGUUCACACAACAUUUAUUAUCUUCUUUUUUUCAUGACGGUUCAUCCGGCAUCUUUUGCUCUCUUCAUUUCUUUAAAUAUCCUAUCUUUAUACUGCACUCUUACGAUAUCUUCAUUUCUUAUUACACUUCUUUAG